CUUGCUUGCCUUGUUUUCAACUCUGGUUAUAUGUGGAUUUUGUGGAAAGGACUUUGCUUCACUGGGCCGUCAUACAUGGCGCUGUAAAAAUAAGGUUGAGUUUGACCAAACAUCACAGCAAAAUAAAGUUCCUGCCGUUGAAAUUCGUACUCAAGAAUGUUUACCAGCCAGUUCAUAUAAAGUUGUCAAAUGUUGUUGCGGUAAAGUGUGUAAAGGCGCUCGUGGUUUAAAGAUGCAUCAACGUAGCUGUAAAGUAAUUGAUGACAUGGAGGAGGAAUUACAACAACAAAUGACUGAUGCUUUAAAUGAACAAAUAUGCGAUGACAAUGUUCAAUCAGCAGAGGAUGAACGCCCAAGAAAUCUUUCCUGA